GCGUCAGAUGUCCAUUUAGAAGUUCUAGUCACUGAUAGAUAAGCUUAUCAAUCACAACGAGGGGCAACAUUUUUUGAACAACCCCCACCAUUACCUUAGCGAUUAGAUAACAUCGCCAUUGCUCAUAACGAACAACUUCAGCUCCAAAGCAUCCGGCUUCUGAUAUUCUUGAGCUUCGGUUCGACUCGAUAUACCAACGGCCUCGGAAUUCUGGUCGCCAUGUCGAUGGAUCUUGAUGCGCCGAUGCCCAUGGCGGCUCCGGCGCAGGCAGCGCCUGUCACCGCAACCAUUCUCUGUGCGGACUGCGGCGCACCUAUCGAUGGAAUGACAGCGAUUGAUGCCAAGUGCUAUGACUGCUUCAAGCUCACAAAAGAUAUCUCCCAAGGGAUCCAGAGGGAGGCAACGCUACAUUUUUGCAGAGAUUGUGAUAGAUGGCUUCAACCACCUUCGAGCUGGGUUUCCGCAGCCCCGGAGAGCCGAGAGCUCCUUGCCCUAUGCCUGAAGAAACUGAGCCUCAACCGGACGAGAAUAAUAGACGCUUCUUUCAUCUGGACCGAACCCCACAGUCGGCGAGUUAGAGUCAAGUUGGUAGUACAGGCGGCCGUCGCGGAAGACAGGAUUAUGCAGCAGGGUCUCGAAGUUACAUAUGUCGUUGCCUACCAACAAUGUCCUGAAUGUGCCAAGUCAUACACCGCGAACGUUUGGAGGGCAAACGUACAAGUACGGCAAAAAGUGCUUCAUAAACGUACAUUUUUAUACCUCGAGCAGUUGAUCUUAAAGCAUGGAGCACACCGCGAUACUAUCAAUAUUAAAGAGGCGAAGGAUGGCAUCGAUUUCUUCUACAGCGCGAGGAAUCAAGCGGAGAAGUUCGUUGACUUCCUCAACUCAGUUGUGCCCAUACGGGUUAAGAAAUCGUCAGAACUCAUUUCUCAAGACAGCCAUACAGCAAAAAAGAGUUUCAAAUUCACCUUCUCAGUCGAGUUGAUCCCGAUAUGCAAGGAUGAUUUAGUCGCUCUCCCAAUAGCACUUGCCAAGCAAGCCGGAAACAUCUCUCCUCUCUCGAUAUGCUACAAGAUCGGCACUUCAGUCUAUUUAUUAGAUCCCUCAACACUCCAAACGGCAGACAUCAGCUCCCCGGUGUACUGGCGAGCUCCCUUCGGGGCACUAGCAGAAGCGAAGGACCUAGUUGAAUUUGUUGUGAUGGAUUGCGAAUUGGUUGGUCCUACGAAGGGAAGAUGGGUUCUAGCCGAUGUAGAAUUGGCAAGAGCUACGGAUCUAGGCACAAACACCCAGACCUACUGGGCAAAGACACAUUUGGGCGGCCUGCUUCAUGCAGGUGAUUCCGUCAUGGGCUAUAUGCUGACGGGCACUGUGUUCAAUAACCCCGAAUUUGAGGCCAUCGAACAGUCUCACACAUAUUCUUCUAGAAUACCAGAUGUUGUUAUCGUCAAGAAACACUAUCCCAACAAGAGGAGGAACAGGAAGCGAAACUGGAAGGUCAAGCGUAUGGCCAAGGAUGAAGGUGAAUUGCUACCAAAGAAGGCAGACCAGGAACGCAUGGAUCGCGAGUUCGAGCAAUUCUUGCAGGACAUUGAAGGGGACGAAGAGUUCCGAGCUGGCGUACAGCUUUACAAACAGCCGAAGAGGCAGCCGCAGCCAGACGAGAUGUCGAUGGCGACGACAGAUGACGAGGGUGAUGAUGGACCACAGGUCAAUAUGGAAGAACUUUUGGAUGACUUUGACGAGCUUACGAUGGAAGAUGAACAUUAGAGUUGCUGGGCAUAUAGUCAAUCACAAUGAUCUAUUGCAUUUUCA